AUGAGAGGCAUCAUCUGGAACUUACGCGGAUUCGGCCAACUUGACAAGAGGCGUCAACUGGCUGAAGCCGUGCAAUCGGAGAAGUUGGAGUUCAUAGGCAUCCAAGAAACCAUUAAAAGCUCCUUCUCCAACGGGGAGCUCUGUAGUGUAGGGGGAGAUGCAUUUAGGUGGUCAUGGCUGCCAGCACAAGGGCAUUCUGGUGGUAUCCUCCUCGGCCUCAAGAUCAACAAGUUCGACAGUUUUUGGAUCAUAGCCGGACAACACUUUGUCAGCACGGAGCUGAUGCAGAAGAAUAACCGGUUCCAGUGGGAACUCAUAAUAGUUUAUGGUCCGGCUGACCAUAACAAGUCCGUCGAUUCUUGGUGGAAAUUCACAAAAGAUUGUCCAGGGCAGUGCAUCCCGUUGUCGUCGGAGGUGACUUCAACCUGA